UUCAUUAAAAUUAAUUUCAGUUUUAAUUCGACAGCAAAAAUAAGGUGAAGUGAACCGGACCUUAAGCAAAUCUUGCUCUAAAACCGCUACUUAACAUACAAUUUUGUCAUUAGAUUUAUCCAUAUACCCGAAAGAAAAUCAUCGUUUUUGUAUACUCAAUCAAUCCCUUGUUGCUCAAAAAAAAAAGAAAAAAAAGAAAAAAAAAAAAAAAUCAAUCCCUUUAUUCAGUUCCAUGUCAAUGUCAUUCUCAGUGAACAAAAUCUGCUGUAAUUCAUUGUGGCCGUCACCUCACAAUAAGAAUAAUUGGGUCGUGUGCAAAAAAACUAGCAGUAUGAUAAUGCAGAGUCACUGGGUUAUAAAUUCAGCAAUACCCCAUCUCAAGCUUAAUCACAAUUUUUCUUGGAAUUAUCAUCACCAUUUUACACUCCAUUCAAUUAAUAACGGUGGUACUACGGCACAUGGCUUAUCAGACUCUCAAAAUUAUUCAGCAGAACCUGAAGGUACUAGCUCAAUGGAAGGGAAUGAUGGUCGACAAGAAAGAUCACUUUCAGCCACCAAAAUAUUGGAGCAGUUGAAAAGAUAUGGAGCUUCUGGAGUACUGUCAUAUGGUCUACUGAACACAGCCUAUUACCUUACUACCUUUCUCUUGGUGUGGUUCUAUUUUGCUCCAGCACCUGGAAAAAUGGGUUAUCUUGCUGCUGUUUCAAGAUUUCUGAAAGUAAUGGCCAUGGUUUGGGCAGGAAGCCAAGUCACUAAGCUCAUAAGAGCAGCAGGUGCCCUUGCCCUUGCACCACUUGUAGAUAGGGGAUUGUCAUGGUUUACAGUCAGAUACAAAUUUGAGUCACGGGGAAAGGCUUUCUUCAGCAUGACAUAUCUCUGCUUUCAUCUUUGCUGAAUCGAAAAGAGCUAUUUCAUCUUUUCUUUGUAAAACGGAUAUCUAUAUUUAACUUGUAAAGAAUUUUACCAAUUGUAAUUGAGUUGAUAACCACCCGGUGAUUUUGUUAUUCUCUUCCUUUUGUUGGAGUAAAUUGACUCACUUCUGAGUCAUGAACUGGUUUCCAGGCAUACUGUCUGAGCUAAUGCUGUCAUGCUGAGUAGUUUACAAAAUUACAAAAGCUAGUUACGAGCAACAUCUUUUGAGGCACUCA